AUGUCUCAAGAAUAUCCACAACAUAAUAAUUUGCCAUCAAGUCAAGUAUCUUGGAGUUUCGUUUCUAAUAAUGAUAAUUUGUUGGAUGAUGAUGAUAAAAGUUAUUUAUAUUCAUGCGCAAGUGACAAGUCAUGGAGUGUUCUGGGUGGAAGCACUCAAGAAAUUUCCAAUUCAUUAAAUUAUGGCUAUCAACAUAAUUAUGAUGAUAAUGAUAACUCCACUAUUGUUGAUUCACUCAAACCCGAAUUUGCACCUUCUAUCAAUAAUGAAUCAACUAAAGAUUUUCUUGAAGAUACUUUUAGAUAUGAAAGAAGAAAUCCGGAAGAUUACGUCGGUCAUCCAA